AUUAGUGGGUAUUUUAAUGUGAAGGAAUAGGAUAAUAUAUCGGGGGGCGUGGACUAGCAGGUGCUGAAACUGCGGAAGCGGAAACCGCUGCGUCGUGUCGUCUCCUCGAAGAUUCCUGGAGAUCGGCUCAGGCACCGCUCGACCGUUAGCCAUAUUGACGGCUGCUGGCCGUCUUCAUUCGCUCUCCGAGGUCCUGAAAACACGAUCUGUGACUCCUGACAGACACGUUACUUGAAAGCACGCCGACCUACAGUUGACACGGCUCACACCUAUCAUCCAGGUGUGCUCUCAAUGAGGGUUUAGCUUAUAUUUUCUUACACCAGCCCGAGGAUGCUGAGAGCUAACUAGCUUGUAGCUUAGCCAGACGGCUAACUAACCUCUCGGAUCUGGUUUCUGACAUCCUGAGAGAAGCCAGUGCAGUCAGUGAGGAGAGAGACCAGCAGGAUGUUCGCUCAGUGAUCCAGCAACUGAACUCAAGCAAGAUCAAAAUAAAUCUAUAAGACAGCACAGAGAGAUUUUAACGAAAGACCGUGGUGGUUUGAUUCCCCACCUCCCCCCAAGACACCAUGACGUCCUCCAUGCUCCGCCGUCAGCUGAAGAACCUGGUCCAGAACUACUCUGAGGCUGAGGUCAAGGUGAGAGAGGCGACAUCUAAUGACCCAUGGGGCCCAUCCAGCACUCAGAUGGCUGACAUCUCUGAUCUGACCUACAAUGUGGUGGCCUGUAACGAGAUCAUGACGAUGCUCUGGAAACGCCUGAAAGAUGACAGGAACUGGAGACACAUCCACAAGUCCCUGACACUGCUGGAGUACCUGUUAAAGACCGGUGACGAUCGCGUGCUCCUGAAAAUGAAAGACAACAUCUACAUCGUCAAAGCCCUCACAGAGUAUCGCUUUGUAGAAAAGGAUGGCAAAGAUCAGGGUUCAAAUGUGAGAGAGAAGGCCAAGGUUGUUCUUGUUCUUAUGGAGGAUGAUGACAAACUAAAGGAGGAGAGAGACUUUGCUAAAAAGACCAGAGAGAAGACAUCAAAAGGUUCUGCUGCCUCAUCCACAGAUGCAGUCAAGGAUCCCAACUAUAAGCCGUGCUAUGUUGCCGGUGCCUCAGGGCUUCCAUCCUUAGACAACAUACCCUCAGUGGCUGACUUGACUGCUUCUUUUGCCGCCCGCAAAGAGGAGCGUCUUAAGCAGGAAGCUGAGAAGAAAGAAAUGGAGAGGAGGGCCAAACUGAGUGAAGAUGAGCUGAAAUGGGAGGAUGCUGGCAAAGGCGGUGACUCUAAAGAUGGUGCUUGGGGAGGAGAGAAAGCGGGGGAGGGAGAGGAGGUAAAAACGGAUGCAUGGGGAGCUCCAGUCGAACCUAAAGAAGCCACAGACCCAUGGGGCACACCAGCAAGACCUGAUACAGAUGACAAGGAGCCCAGCAGUGAUGCUUGGGGGGCACCGUCUAAAAGUGAUGAGGAUCCAUUUGCUGCACCAAAAACUGAGGAAGAUCCAUUUGCAGCACCAAAAACUGAGGAAGAUCCAUUUGCAGCACCAAAGAAUGGAGAAGAUCCUUUUGCUGCACCAAAAGAUAGUUCAGACCCUUUCAGUGCACCCAAAGACAAGGAAGAUCCAUUUGCUGCUCCAAAAGGUAAACCAGAUGCUUUCAGUUCAUCUAACAGUGAUCCAUUUAAUGCUCCAAAAGAUGAUCCAUUUAAUGCUCCAAAAGAUGAUCCGUUCAAUGCUCCAAAAGAUGAUCCGUUCAAUGCUCCAAAAGAUGAUCCGUUCAGUGCCCCAAAAGAUGAUCCGUUCACUGCUCCAAAAGAUGAUCCGUUCACUGCUCCAAAAGAUGAUCCAUUCAGUGCCCCAAAAGAUGAUCCAUUCAAUGCCCCAAAAGAUGAUCCGUUUAAUGCUCCAAAAGAUGAUCCAUUUAAUGCUCCAAAAGAUGAUCCGUUUAAUGCUCCAAAAGAUGAUCCAUUCAGUGCUACCAAAGAUGAUCCAUUUAACACCCCGAAAGAUGAUCCAUUCACUGCACCAGCAUCAACACCUCCUAAAGAAGAUCCAUUUGCAGCACCAGCAUCUAAAGAUGACCCUUUCACUGCUCCCACAACACCACCUAAAGAGGAUCCUUUUUCUGCAUCGACUAAACCUACCAAAGAAGACCCUUUUGCUGCACCAACAACACCACCUAAAGAGGAUCCUUUCUCUGCACCAUCCAAACCUUCAAAAGACGACCCUUUUGCUGCACCAACAACGCCACCUAAAGAAGACCCAUUUGGAGUGCCAUCCAGCCCACCAAAGGAUGAGGCUUCAGAUCCCUUCAAUGCUCCUCCAGUUAGCUCGCCCCAAGGCAGUGCAGAUGCAUGGGGAGCCCCUGCUAGCUCUUCACCCACCGCAGGAUCAGAUCCCUGGGAUGCACCAUCUGCUCCAAAUGAAACAAAAGGCGGAGAUCCCUGGGGCGAUGGGACAAGUGCCACAUCGCCUGUUGAUAAUUCUGAUGGUUUUGGGGAUUCAUCCAAACCAGACAGUGACCCUUGGGGAACAGCUGCAGCUCCGGGUGGCACUGAUGAUGCAUGGGGUGCUCCAGCUGCACCCUCAGACUCUUCCCCAUCGAGUGACCCCUUUGGAGAUGGAGCUUCUAAAAAAGGUGAUCCUUGGGGUGCACCGAGCAGCACACCUAGCAAUGGGACAGGAAAGCAAGCAAUGCAGGAAAAGGAGAUAUAUAGAAAGACUGCUUCCUUUCUGGGCUCUGCGGGGGCGUCGCUUGUUGACUUGGACGAUCUGUUUUCUUCUAACCCCAAACCCAUACAACGCCCCCUCAUCAACACGUCCGCCGCCCAGACACAAGCCAUUGGCGCUUUCAAAGCCAGGGGCAUGACAUCUGGCCUUGUGGUCAGAUCGAGGGCUGCUGCAGGGGUGUCCUUUCCCGAAACACCGGCCCCACAAUGUAGCCCUUUUGGUUCCACCCUGGCUCCCUCCUUUGGUACAACUUCUCUUACUUUUGGAGCUGCUCAGGCAGUUCCUCCGUGUUCAGGAACUGGAAUGGUUCAAUCUGCGUCUGUGGGAGGGAGUCCACAGAUGGGAUUUAACAUAACCUCCUAUAGUAGGGGAGAUGGAACGGUGCAGUCUGGGAAUCUAGAGGGGAAUCCUUGGGCAGACCACUUAUUGGGCACACAAAUGGGUCAGUCCAGUUUCUUUGGAGGGAAUCAACAAGCCGGCUUGGCCUACUUGGGAGGAUCCACUCCACAUAACAGGGGAAUCCCCCUCCAGCCACAGUUGCUCUCAGGCAGCAGGCUGGGUGAGACGGUGAAUAAAAACAACAAUCCAUUCAUGUUCUGACAACUUGA